AUGCGUGGCGCCUUCAACAAAGCAGAUGGUCGUGUCGUUGCUGCCGGAGUUGAGGCGGAUCUUCUCCGCGUUAAGAUACUCCCAGUGGCCGGUCAUGCCCAUGUUGGUGGGCACACGGACGCUAUGGAUGAUUUCGGUGGUGAUCGACUCGUCCUUGUGCAGGAGCGGCCAAGGGUAGACGUUGGCGUCGGGAAUGUACAGGUCCUCGUCGUCGAUGAAAGUUCCAUUGCCGGCCUUGAUUAUAGCCCUAGUCUGUUGAGCGUGCUUCACGAUGCGCUGCAUGCGGUGCGCAAUGCCGGACUGGAAAGCCCGGACGAAUUCCGGAGUGUAAUUGCUGAUUCCAGAGUCAUUGAAGCCAUUGGCGGGAUUGUAGACACUGAGAUUGAAAUCAGUCUUCAUGCCGGUAUUCUCAUUUUCGAUCUCGGCACCAAAGCUCAAGAGCAUCAUGGUCGACAUGCCAUAAUUGGCGUCGAUCAGCAUGAUCCCGUCCGCCGCGGGAAGGUCGUCCAUUGCGGGGGAGCAAGGGAGGAGCUUUUCCGAUCCAUUACACGCUGA